GCAUCCAUGGAACUCCACAUGCAAGUGUGCCACAGAUUUCCAGAGAGAGUUUCAGGAGACUGGCAGUGCCAUGCCAUGCCUUGCUGUUGGUGCCACAAUCCUAGUCUGUCUUGUUCACAAGCCUGAGCGGCCACAUUUUGAGUUCAUUUCAUGGACUUACUCAUGCAAGUUUGAUGUGAUUUUUUUUUUUUUUUUUUUUUUUUUUUUUUUUUCCAGUGGGGUUCCAGAGAAUGUGGGCGCAAAUCCAGAGAAAAUUGCAGAUGGAGGGAUCCAUGAGUAAUAGUUGCUCAUUACCCCUUGUCAGAAGCAUUUAGGAGUUGGAGUCUUCCGCAUGAAUCCCUCGCAAAGCUCAGAAACAUUGCUCACAUUGGUUGCGCCUUUUGGACAGAUUCAUAAGGAUGAUAUAUUAGGGUUUGUUUUGGGGGGGGGUCCUCAACACGAGCUAGGUUUCUGUAUUGAACCGCUGCAGAUCAUCUGCGCAGAAUGCAGAUGUUAGUGGUGGUCAGGAUCGCACAGUAAUGCGCUCCUUGACUGGUUUGAAAUCAUUCUGGAGAUUUCAGCUCCCCGGUUUGAUAGUCCUCUUACUUAGAAUGUGCUAAAUAAUCUCCUGAACUAGUGGAAUGAUGAUUUAUAUGCUAUGCUGCGCAACUUCAAUCCUGUUGUGCUCGCGUAUGCUUUCUAUUGGAUCUUCGUAUAUUUUAAAGAUUCUGCUUUAGUUAUAUUCCAUGAAUAUAGUUUGAGCCGAUUUAGGUCUCUCCAGGGAACCUUGCAGCCAGAGUUGAAGCGUUUGAAUCUCUGAAGUAGUGAAGUUUGGCACUUAUUAGGGUUCCUCACGUUGUUCAGGAUUUGGGUUAAGUCUCUUAGAGACGAUGGAGGCUAAGCCUCAUUUGGUAUUGCUGGUUUCCCUACUCGUAGUUUCCGUUCAUUUGGUAUCAUGCGCCCGGAAUUUUGUCGUUGUAUGGGAUGCCGACGACAUCCAUAAAGAGAAUCGUGAUACUGGAUCCAAUGGAGAGGUCAUUACGUUGGAUGACAAGGAUGAGAAGAAGGGACCAUUCGGAUUCAUGGAUCCUCAGGGACCGAUUCUUGAGUGGGAUGAAUUCGGAGACACCGAAGAACCAAUGGAGUAUGUGGUCGAUCCGGGCUCCUGGAGUCACGUUCUUGAGCAUGAGAACAGGGGUGAACAUCCUAAUGAGUAUGCAGCUGCUGUUCGAAAGAUGGUGGAGGGUUUGAGUAAUGGAGAGUUGAGCGUGCUGAAUGAAGCUAUCAGGGGCUUGCAAUCAGUCGCCGAAAAUGGAAAUGUGCAUGCAGAAUCUACACUUGCUUUCCUGUACGCGUCUGGUUCCGGUGUACAGCAGAGUGAUGCGAAAGCUUUUCUGUAUCAUCAUUUUGCAGCACAUGGAGGGAACUUGCAGUCGAAAAUGGCUCUAGCCUACAGCUAUUCCAGACAGCAGAUGUACGAGGAGGCGGUGGUAUUGUAUUCUGAGUUGGCCGCGGUUGCUAUGGCAAGUUUCAUCAGCUCCAAAGAUACCCCUCUUACGGAGCCCGUGCGCUUAAAUGAAGGAUUUGAAGAAAGCCGAGAAUCUUUGAAAAAGUUCCGUGGAGAAGAUGAUGAUGAUUUUCAAUUUCUAGAGUAUCAAGCUCACAAAGGAUAUCCAGAGGCCAUGUAUAGAUUGGGAGUGUUUUACUACUUUGGGCUGCGCGGGGUACGUCGAGAUCAUGGCAAGGCUCUGACGUGGCUUUUGAAGGCUGUGGAUAAGUCUGAUUCUCGUUCUAUGGAUCUCCUUGGGGAGAUUUAUGCUCGAGGAUAUGGUGUGGAGCGCAAUUAUUCCCAAGCUUACGAGUGGUUCCUGCAAGCUGCCAGCCAAAAUCAUUAUUCGGCCUUUAAUGGCAUCGGCUAUCUGUAUGUGAAGGGACGAGGUGUUGCUGAAGGCAAGAAUCUUACAAAGGCCAAAGAAUACUUCAGAAAAGCUGCAGAAGCUGGUGAUUCACAUGGCCAUUACAACAUGGGCAUUCUUUAUCUUAAAGGAUUGGGUGUGAAGAAAGACCUUAAGGUGGCCUGUAAGCACUUCAUGACUGCGGCUAAUAAGGGACAUCCAAAGGCAUUCUACCAGCUCGCCAAAAUGCAGCAGAGAGGGAUUCCAGGGUUGAAGAGAGAUCCGGCAACAGCGGCGGCGCUCUUCAAAAUUGUUGCAGAACGAGGUCCAUGGGGUUCAUUAAUGAAGUGGGCACUUGAGUGCUAUUUGAAGGGACAAACGGCAAAAGCUCUCCUUCUCUAUUCACGAGCGGCGGAACUUGGCUAUGAAGUUGGUCAAAGCAAUGCAGCAUGGAUCUUGGAGAAGUAUCACAAUGAAGGAAUAUGUCUGGGUCAAUCUGGAGUUUGUACCGACGCUGAGCGGCACCGGCGAGCACACAUCUUGUGGUCCUACUCCUCAGAGCAAGGGAAUGAGCAUGCAGCAUUACUAAUUGGCGAUGCAUACUACUAUGGCAGGGGGGCUGAAAAAAAUUUAGACCGGGCUGCAGAGGCAUAUAGGAAAGCACAGUUACAGCAGAACUCGCAAGCGAUGUUCAAUUUGGGCUAUAUGUAUGAGCAUGGUUUGGGUCUUCCGAAAGAUUUUCACCUUGCGAAGCGCUACUAUGAUCAAGCUCUGGAUACUGAACCUGCCGCUAUGCUUCCUGUUACGUUCGCAUUGAUAGGUCUAUACUUGCGGCAAAAAUAUGCUGGUAGUUUUAUUGUAAGUUUUUGGAUCACCAGUGAUAUGAUACAUGGGAGGUGGGCUGAUGAAAUUCUAAAAGCCAAACUUGAUUUUGAGGAAUCGUUCAAUCUUUUUCGUGUAAACUAUGACAACAUGACGUUGAUGACGCUCUUCGCUUGUUUGCUCACGGUUUUGUAUCUUCGACAGAGGCAACGCCGAAUGCACUAUGGCCAAUAUGUAGAUUCCUCACCGUCCUGAGGUAAUGUUUUCCUGUUAGAAAUGGAUCCUAUUAGGAUGUGGAAAGUUGGUGGUAAACAAACUUAUCUAAUCCCAUCUGAAUUUUUGAGUUCAUUAGCUUGAGGUUUGUUGGAGACGGUCAAUACCCGUCGUUACAACUGUACAUUACAUGCCUCGGCCACAUUUUAGCAAUAGACACAUUGGGCACCUAUUUCGAUUCCAUGCUUGAUAACUUUUGAGUAGACAUCAAGUGAACAUGGUUAUGCCGCUUGGACACGUAAUGGGUAAGAUUAUCAUCAAGUUCAUACUCAAUUGUUCUCAUACUCAAUUUUUCAAUAUUUUUAACAUAUCUGAAAGGCGCAUUUUGGGUAUGCUCAUUAUGCAAACUCAAAAAUGUCAACUUCGUUCUUCCUGAA